AUGUGGUCUUCAUAUUUAUUAUUUUUGGUGGCUGUCUUGUAGGACAUUAGCUUCUUUCAUCGUAAUUUAUGAAAUCAUUUUCCUGUUGUUGGAGAUUCAGGUUCUGUAACAUUUUUCCCCCUCAGUGCUCUACAUGAAUUUGCUAAACAUCUUUACGUUUAUAGAUUUUUUUUCUGUUGAAUUAUUUCUGUGGAGUAAUUUUCUGGAGUAACACUGUUUUUCUUUUCAGAAAACUGAUUGGGAGGUAGCUAUUAAAAGUAUUAAUAAAAAGAACUUGUCAAAAUCACAAAUACUGCUUGGGAAGGAAAUUAAAAUCUUAAAGGAACUACAGCAUGAAAAUAUUGUCGCACUCUAUGACGUUCAGGAAUUACCCAACUCUGUCUUUCUGGUGAUGGAGUAUUGCAAUGGUGGAGACCUGGCAGAUUAUUUGCAAGCUAAAGGAACUCUGAGUGAAGAUACUAUCAGAGUGUUUCUGCAUCAGAUUGCAGCUGCCAUGCGAAUUCUGCACAGCAAAGGAAUAAUCCAUAGGGAUCUCAAACCACAGAACAUCUUGCUGUCUUACGCCAAUCGCAGGAAGUCAAGUGUCAGUGGUAUUCGCAUCAAAAUAGCGGAUUUUGGUUUUGCUCGUUACCUGCAUAGUAACAUGAUGGCUGCAACUCUGUGUGGGUCCCCAAUGUACAUGGCUCCUGAGGUUAUUAUGUCUCAACAUUAUGAUGCUAAGGCAGACUUGUGGAGCAUAGGAACAGUGAUAUAUCAGUGCCUAGUUGGAAAACCACCUUUUCAGGCCAAUAGUCCUCAAGACCUAAGGAUGUUUUAUGAAAAAAACAGGAGCUUAAUGCCUAACAUUCCCAGAGAAACAUCACCUUAUUUGGCUAAUCUCCUUUUGGGUUUACUUCAGAGAAACCAAAAAGAUAGAAUGGACUUUGAAGCAUUUUUUAGCCAUCCUUUUCUUGAGCAAAUUCCAGUAAAAAAAUCCUGCCCGGUUCCGGUGCCUGUGUAUGCUGGCUCUGUCUCUGGAAGCUCCUGUGGCAGCUCUCCGUCGUGCCGUUUCGCCUCUCCACCAUCCCUUCCAGAUAUGCAGCAUAUUCAGGAAGAAAACUUAUCCUCCCCACCAUUGGGUCCUCCCAACUACCUACAAGUGUCCAAAGAUUCUGCCAGUACUAGUAGCAAGAACUCUUCUUGUGACACGGAUGACUUUGUUUUGGUUCCACACAACAUCUCGUCAGACCACUCAUAUGAUAUGCCAGUGGGAACUGUUGGCAAACGUGCUUCAAAUGAGUUCUUGAUGUGUGGAGGGCAGUGUCAGCCUGCUGUGUCGCCUCACAGUGAAACAGCACCAAUUCCAGUUCCUACUCAGAUAAGGAAUUAUCAGCGCAUAGAGCAGAAUCUGACAUCUACUGCUGCCUCUGGCACAAAUCCGCAUGGUUCUCCAAGAUCUGCAGCGGUACGAAGGUCUAACACCAGCCCUAUGGGCUUCCUCCGGCUGGGAUCCUGCUCCCCGGCACCAGCAGACACAGUACAGACAGUUGGACGAAGACUCUCGACUGGGUCUUCCAGGCCUUAUUCACCUUCCCCUUUGGUUGGUACCAUUCCUGAGCAAUUUUGUCAGUGUUGCUGUGGACAUCCUCAGGGCCAUGAAUCCAGAAGUAGAAACUCAUCAGGUUCUCCAGUGCCGCAGGCUCAGUCACCACAGCCUCUCUUACUGGGGGCUAGACUGCAGAGCGCCCCCGCUCUCACCGACAUCUACCAGAACAAGCAGAAGCUCAGAAAGCAGCACUCGGACCCCGUGUGCCCGUCCCACCCCGGGGCUGGCUACAGCUGCUCGCCUCAGCCCAGUCGGCCUGGCAGCCUUGGGACCUCUCCCACCAAGCACUUGGGGUCCUCUCCUCGGAGUUCUGACUGGUUCUUUAAAACUCCUCUACCAACAAUUAUUGGCUCUCCUACUAAGACCACAGCUCCUUUCAAAAUCCCUAAAACGCAAGCAUCUUCCAACCUGCUAGCCUUGGUUACUCGUCAUGGGCCUUCUGAAGAGCAGUCUAAAGAUGAGAAUGACCCACGGGAAUGCUCUCAUUGUCUUUUAGUACAAGGAAGUGAGAGGCAGAAGUCUGAGCAACAGAACAAGGCAGUGUUUGGCAGAUCUGUCAGUACUGGGAAAUUAUCAGAUCAACAAAUAAAGACACCUUUAGGUGGACGUCAGGGCAGCACGGAUAGUUUAAAUACAGAACGACCAAUGGAUAUAGCCCCUGCAGGAGCCUGUGGUGUUGUGCUGGCGCCUCCUGUAGGAACAGCAGCAAGUUCCAGGGCUGUCCUGUUCACUGUUGGAUCUCCUCCACACAGUGCCACAGCCCCCACUUGUACCCAUAUGGUCCUUCGAACAAGAACAACCUCAGUGGGCUCCAGCAGCUCCGGAGGUUCCCUGUGCUCUGCGAGUGGCCGCGUGUGUGUGGGCUCCCCGCCUGGGCCGUGCCCGGGGUCUUCCCCUCCGGGAGCAGAGACAGCUCCCAGCCUGAGAUACAUGCCUUAUGGUGCUUCACCCCCUAGCCUAGAGGGGCUCAUCACCUUUGAAGCCCCUGAACUGCCAGAGGAGACACUGAUGGAGCGAGAACACACAGACACCUUACGCCACCUGAAUGUGAUGCUGAUGUUCACUGAGUGUGUGCUGGACCUGACAGCUGUGCGAGGAGGGAACCCAGAGCUGUGCACGUCCGCUGUCUCCUUGUACCAGAUCCAGGAGAGUGUGGUUGUGGACCAGAUCAGCCAACUGAGCAAAGACUGGGGGCGGGUGGAGCAGCUGGUGUUAUACAUGAAAGCAGCACAGCUGCUGGCAGCGUCUCUGCAUCUCGCCAAAGCCCAGGUCAAGUCUGGGAAGCUGAGCCCAUCCACAGCUGUGAAACAAGUUGUCAAAAAUCUGAAUGAACGAUAUAAAUUCUGCAUCACCAUGUGCAAGAAACUUACAGAAAAGCUGAAUCGUUUCUUCUCGGACAAACAGAGAUUUAUUGAUGAAAUCAACAGCGUAACUGCAGAGAAACUCAUCUAUAAUUGUGCUGUAGAAAUGGUUCAAUCUGCAGCCCUGGAUGAGAUGUUUCAGCAGACUGAAGAUAUUGUUUAUCGCUAUCAUAAAGCAGCCCUUCUUUUGGAAGGCCUCACUAAGAUUCUCCAGGACCCUGCAGAUAUUGAAAAUGUACAUAAAUAUAAAUCUAGUAUUGAAAGAAGAUUGUCAGCACUCUGCUAUAGCGCCUCAACCAUGUGAGCGGCAGCAGGCUUGUCCCAUGGACCAGUAUGAGGGGAUACGGCUGGGAGUGUAGCUUGGAUUCUGUUGUCCCAUCCCCAGGAAACUGAAGUUUCUUACCUGGUGACUACCAAAGAGCAAGCAGUGAUUUCAAAAAGGAAAAACAAUCCAAAAACUACAUAUUUGUAGGAAAUCUGCCUUAUCGGAGAAGCUACCCCUUCCCUCUUUCUUUGUAGAAGCAGACACAAGAGUAUUCCACUUGGCUCUCAGUUUGAACUUGGUAAAUAAAUGCACCUUAGAACUAGAAUUAUCAGUACAGUUAUUCUUAAGGAUAAUUAAGAAGGAAACAAAGUGAGUGGCUCUUCACUCAGUUUACCAGAGCAGUGUGUGAGAUUCCACGUGUUUACUGAGGUAUAAAAGUAAAAAAACCUACAUCUCAUCCAGGCAGUUUGAUAUGUGGGGUGAGUUUGUCUAAAUCUGAGCAUGCAUCCUUAACCACCUCAGGAAGAAAUAGCUUAAGAAGAAGCAAAAGAUGGCUCUUGGAAGAAAUUGUGAAAUCUUCAAUUUGAUCUAAUAUGGACACAUGUUAAUCUUCCAAAAUCUUUCAUAUUGCACUAAUUUAUUAAAACAACCGUGUAUUGGAUUUUGCAAUUUAAAACUAACUGCGGCACAAUGGACUUGUUUAAAAUAUUUUACUUGAUUAUAUACACGUACCCUUUCCAGAAUUCACAUGUAAUCUCUAGUGAACUUUUCAAUGGUAAAAACUUGUGUUCAUGUGAACCUUCGCAUUUUUUUAACCUAUUCAUCUACACCUGCAGAUCUUCUCAGCAAUAUUUUUGAGUUGCUGGUUGUUUGCUUUUGGUUGCAUUUUUUGUGCAUGUAGAAUGUGCAUUGAUGCCUGUGACCUCUAGGUUUAUUAAAGGCUGGGUUUAUUUGGGCAGUGUUAGAAAAAAUAUCAGUCAAGAGAUUCUCUCAAGAGUUUUAAUAGGGCCAAAACAAAGUUGGUGAUCUGAAGGCUUGUUAGUGAUGUGGAGUUUCUACAUGAAGUUAGUGAAAAAUGAGGUUUGUUUUCUAUUAGGAAAAUGGGCAGCUCUCUUCAGCCUAAUGUGUAUUUUUCAUGUUAAUCCUGACAGUUCACCAAACAGCUAGUCAUGGAGAAUGCAGGCAGUUAACGUCCCUCCAGAAAUGGUUCCUACAUUGUAUGUUACUUGGUUUCUUUUACUUACCUGCUUGAAUACUUGAAUAAACCAUUCUCCAGUUUUAAUCUUUUUACUUUAAUCCCUUUAGGUAAUAUAAUCUGAACUCUGACGAAUUGCACAGAAACUCUUUGGCAUUAACCUAAUUUUAGUGUACUGAUAAAAACAAACAAAAUAUGGUUUUCCUUUACUUUGACAAAGUAAUGUAAUUUUUACCUUAUUUAUCUCUAUGAAAUUCCAGCAAUUAAUUUGAACAUUUAUUUAUAUGAUGUUUGUAUUUUUAGGUCUUUAAUACAGUGUUUCUACCUCUCAUUUGUAACUGCAUGCAUUAUUCUUGAAACUAGGUAAAACUCACUGAAUUGUUGUGUAAUAACCUUUUUAUUAUUGCCUGUACAGAUGUAUAUUAAGGUAAAAUAAAACUGACAAAGUGUUUCUAGGGUAAAGCUGGGUCCGUAUUACGUGGCUUGUCAGGCCAGGUCCUUCCUUAGUGAGUUUGGAGGUUUGGUCAUUAAUAUCCUUUGUCCUGUCCCCAGGAUUUCAGAUUCUCAGUGACUGUCACGCAGGCUGCCAGGAAUGUAGACUUUAGUGAGGGUUCCUGCCCCUCCCUGCAGGAGUUCGAACCACUGUUGUUAGUGAUAUUCUAUUUUGUAUAAUUUUUUCGAGUAUACAGGGUGAUUUCCUUUAUGUUCUCUCAGAUAUCACCCGUGUUUUCUCAGUGGAGCCUCCAAGGGGCUGGGUUCAUUCUGGCCCCUCCUCCCCUCCCAUUUUUUUUUAAACACAGGAUGAAACAGGUUCACAGUAAGUGAUUGAUCUGAAGUCAGGUGACUAAGGAAGUGGUUAAGCCAUGCUUUGUGACUUCCAAGUUCAUUCUUCCUCUUGUGUAAUAAAGGUCUGUGGUAGAUCGUAUGUGUGAAACCGUGAAGUCUGAACAGCAGAGGAGAACAAACUGUGAAUUCAUGAAUAAUGGUUCUGAUUAUACUUCCAUUAUCAAGGCCAGUUGUUUUAAGAGAUUUUGCCUUGAUUAUAGCAAUAAUAAACAAAUGCUUUAUGUUUC